AUGUUUCUGGUGGCUGUGCUUCUGAUUCUGAUCCUGAUUCUGCUUUUGGUUUUAAUUCUAAUUCUGAUCCAGCUCACAACCCUGCCGCCCGGAUGGCGCUUACAAGGCUCGCCGCAAACUGGCGGCGGCGGCAGCGGUAGCAGCAGUGGCAACACCACUACCAGCAGCAGGUAAUAUCCGCGGCGGACAUCGGUUUAAGCACCAACUCCGGUCUGUUCUAGUUUGAUUUGGCUUUUGUUGGCCUGGGCCCUACUCCUCAGUGGUUUUUAUUUAAAAUAAAAGGUAAAACAAGCUAUCAGGGCGAGUUGCACACUGCCAAAACGGGGGCUACCGCUAGCUUUGGGCGCUUGCAAUUGGCGCAAAACUAGCCGCCGCGCUUGUCUGCCGCCGCUUUGAGGCUCCUGUGGCAAUGUAAUUGUGCGAGCGGUGGCUGCUGCUGCUGCUGCU